UCAUUUAUCUUAUUACACACACGCACACGCUCGCACACUUACAGUAGAGAUGGCUGCCGUUGAGAAUUUGAGAACUGUAAUCAACGAGCGAUUGACUGAGGCGGUCGAAGACAUAUUAGGAGUUUUUACACGGACGUUAUCGGUUUACGAGGAGGAGAUUUGUCGCCAGCGCACACUGCUGGAUAUCGUCCUGAGGCCAGAGAUAAAGCUCCACAGGACAGAGUUCCCGCUUCAAAAUGUCUGCGAGGGGGGAAAAGAGGUUGUCGCCGACCAGCAGCUCUGUUUCCAUGAGAGGAGCUCCGGUCUGGACCGUGAGGACCAGGGGCCUCAACGGGUUAAAGAGGAACCGGAGGAACAAUGCGGCGGUCAGGAGGAAGAGCGGCUUGUGCUGACGCAGGCGACGGAUUUGGAGGGAAAUGACCAAAGGGAAGUCCAGACUCUGCAGUUGGAUCACGAUCGAAAUCAAAAGGCAGCAGAGCAGCGGUCUCCAGACAGCAUUCCAACGGAAAGUACAACAUGUGAAUUGGAACUAGGCAGCGGCCAUCGGUUUGUUUUUCACGCGUCCCGCGAGUCGAAGUCUCCGGAGGCCGAAACGAGCCACAAACCGUUCGAGUGCGACGUCUGCGGCCGAGACUUCUACCUGUACACGCACCUUAAAGUUCACAUGAUGACCCACCCUGCGGGGAAGCCUUUCAGUUGCGCGGCGUGCGGGAAAGGAUUUAGCUUCAAGCGGAAUCUCAAACGACACAUGGCGACCCACUCGAGCGAGAGGCCGCACGCCUGCGACCGCUGCCCGAGGACCUUCCAUCGUGUCGAGCACCUACAGGUGCACACCAGGAGCCACACGGGCGAAAAGCCCUACCGCUGCCUUUACUGCGAGAAGGCGCUGUCGACAAACUCGGCCUUGGCGAAACACGUCCGGCGGCACACAGGCCAGAGGACGCCGGGGAGGGCUUUCACGGCAGGUCCAGGAGGGGCUCACUUCGAACCGGAAGAGUUUGCGAGCUGCUUGAUCCCGAAGUCGCAAGUGAUCGUUUGACCGGAGGCUGUUUUCACAAUCAUAUGUCAUGUUGAAACAUUUAGAGCUGGGAUUGGUAAUCUUCUUCCACAACAUGUUUUUGUUAUGUUUGUUGAAAUUGACGUCCAGACGGCAAUCAAAUAUUCAAAUCAUUUAAUCAUCAUUUAAUUCCUACCAAACGUAACAAUCGGGUGUCUUCCGCGAGCUGCUAGCUUUACAGCUGUACGUACUAACGCGGCGUUUCAUUUGAACUGAGAAAUUAGAAUUAUUUCCAAAUUCCCAAUCGGAAAUUUUAACUGGGAAAUCAGACAAACCCAUAUUGCUAUGUUUUUUAGCGGCCCUAAAAUACCGUCUGUGAUGCGUUGUUAUUAACUGGUAGGCUAUUGCUAACAACAGCUAACUUGACUGGAGCAAAACAUCGGUUCCCAGCUCUGAUUUUCCGAGAUACUCGGAAUGCAGCAAAAUAACAGCAAUGUUUGUCCUUUAUGUUCGUUGCGAUCAUUUUGGGGAGUGGCUUUGGACAGAACCCCCCCCCCCCCCCUGAAGGCACAGGCUGUCAUUGGUGCCGACUUGGCGACUUUUUUGCUCGAUUUAGCAACUUUAUUGAGCUAAUGCUGCUAGCUACUUUUAUUGGGAAAGACUAAUUUAAAAGAUGGGCCAGCAUUGUUACUGUUGUGUAUGUUUUGUAGUCUUCACUCUAUAUUUUCUGUUUUUUUUGUAUGUAAAUAAGUGCUGGAAUACUUGGUCAGUUAAAUGGUUAGACAAUUGCCAACAAUUUAGCUGAUAAUUUAUUUUUUAAAACAUCAAUCCAAACAAGCAUUGACAAAAAUAUCUCCGUAGUCUCCGGGGAAAUUCAAUUCAGUUUAUUUUAUAUAGCCCAAUAUUACAAAUUUGCCUCAGAGAGCUUUACAAUCUGUACACAUACAUAAUUGAUGGGCCAAAUGCAACAAUUGCUGAGUAACAAAGGGUAUAUUACUUGUGGGUAGUUUUUGACAAUAAAGAAAGUAAGAAAUCAAGAUCUGGGGCUGUCUGGAACUUCUGUUGACAGAGCCAAGUAAAAAAGUGUUCUUACAUAAUGUGCUUAUUAUUCCAUUUGAUGUUUCUACAAUUACUCCUCAAAUACUAAAUAUAAAAAUUAUAUAUUGUGUUGAAUGGGGAGAGGUGUAAAUAUAGAAACUAAAUUGAAAGGAAAAAGCAACACCAUUUACUCUAUUCGGGCUUGUAUUUGAGCCGACAGAGAUGCAGUGACAAUGCCACACCAGAGCGGGGCAGCAAAUCGCGGCGCGCGUCCGCAGUAACACGAGAAACCCACAACGAAGAAGAGCGUUAAGCAAGGUCGCUCGCGGAAGUAAAUUGAAAGAGAACGCACCUUCUGUUGCCUCUAAAGAGUUUGACAACGUUUUUAUUUUUAUUAUUAUCGAGAACAAGUACCUCAACCUAAUCCCGCCAUGUCUACAGUCGAAAGCAUGAGGCUGUUCGUGUGUGAUCGACUGACGACGGCGGCUCAGGAGAUAUUGGGAGCCUUCGAAAAGAAGAUAGAAAACUACGAGACGGAACUGGCUCGUCAACGCAGACUCCUGAAUGACGCCCUGUCACCCGAGAUAAAGUUUCACCGGACAGGUUGGCCCACAUGUUUUUUUAAUAGUAGCCGGUUCUGUGUUGGACGUUUUCUUUUGUAGCCGCCUGCUUAUUUUGAACCAAAUCACCAUCACAAUACACAUUAUACACACUACUCCUGCUAAUUUUUCGUGGGAUAACUUUCUCUCAACAAGAAGUCAAGUACUGUAUCUAAAUGCAGCUUCAAAGGUAUACUUUAAAAGGUAUGAUGGUUCCAGCACUGAUACUUGUUUAUUUACGCUACUUAUUUUUAUUCGAUAAUACUGUACUCCCAUUACUUUGUUUUGUAGCAAUCCUUAAGAUUUAAGUCCUGGUUUGAGUUACAAUGUCUGUUUGAGUGAUGACGAUGAGAUUAUGUGUUCAGGGUCCACGGGACACCCAGUUUGUAAUCCUGUAAAUAUAGAAAUAUAGCAAUACUUUUAUCAACGGGGCUAAAAGCUCAAUCAGCGUUGAGUUAAGAUACGGUGGGUAAGAGAUCAUUUAUUGCCCCAGUAAUGGGGUCAUUUUGCUUGCGCCAUAAUGCUGCACCCAGCUGCUAUCAGCGGUGAUGCAACAAAGGGUUAAAAAAACUGAUACAAAAAGAUAAAUGAAUAGGUAUUGCAAAAGCAUAAUGACAUGAAACAAACGGCAAUGAAAGGACGAUAGAAUAGUUCCAGCAGCAGCUUUUAGAUUGGUUCUUCCCUGUAACCCUCCCUUUAACUUUGAGUUAUGUAAGCCACCUGGUGCUACACCCUCUAAAUGUGAUGCCCAUUAAAGCUGGAGUACUUCUGAAGGGGGGAACGAGACUUAGAUUUUCUGAUGAACAAUAUACUUUGCUGGGUAAGCCCGUUGUUCAAAGAUGUACAUAUUUCAAGAUUUGUAUUUAAAGUUUGUUAAGUCCAUAUCUAUUUCUGAAGGGGGUAACACAAUGGUGAUUGGAUAAAGCUAUUGCAGAAUUUACAUAUUGGCAGUUUCAUGAAAUGGGGGUCACGGGUGACAUUCACCAAAAAAUCAUGCAAAUCACAUUUCUUUCUCCAAUUUAUCCUCAGAGAAUGGAACUAUGCGUGCAAUUGACCCUUCGCUAAGUCCCGCCCCUCAAACACAGACUGACUAAUCAUAGCGCAGCUUUUUGCCAGCUCCGACCAGGGUCUGACAAUUAUCUGUCUCUUAAUGCAAUGGUUUAAGAUCUUUUUCAUUCUCCGGCUGGUUUUUGUGAAUUUGGAGUUCGUUGUGAUUAAACAUUGUGUACUAGU